ACAAAACAGAAUACUAAAUACUUAUAAAAGUAUUACUUUACUGUAAAUGAGAAAAACAAAUCUUAGAUAUCUAUAAGAAAUUAGAAUGCGACACCUGUUACAACAAGUAUACCGUAAGAUAAACCUACAUUCCAUAAUACAUAUUAGAACAAUGAGUCGCAAAAUAGCCGUUUGUCAAAUGACCUCUGUUGCUGAUAAAAUUAAAAAUCUAGAAGUAGUAACAAAUCUUAUAAGGGACGCAGCAAAGGAAAAUGUACAGAUGAUAUUUUUUCCGGAAGCAUGUGAUUUUAUAUGUGACAAUAGAAAGGACAUAGUUCGAUCAGCUGAACCUAUACUAACUGGCAAUACAGUCAAAGCAUACAAAGAGCUAGCCAUACAAAACAAUGUAUGGUUGUCAAUGGGUGGACUCCAUGAAAAAGAUGACAAAAAUCCGGACAAAAUCUUCAACACACAUAUAAUAAUAAACAACAAGGGGGAAAUUGUUGAAACUUAUAGAAAAUUGCAUUUAUUUGAUGUUGAAAUACCAGAAAAAAAUGUGAGAUUGAAGGAGAGUGACUUCUGUACAGCCGGUAGUCAUAUAGUGGCUCCAGUGGAGACUCCCGUGGGAAAUGUUGGUCUUGCCAUAUGCUACGACAUGCGUUUUCCGGAGCUGAGCACAGCUCUGACUAUCAUGAGAGCUCAGGUCCUGACGUUCCCAUCCGCCUUCACUUACGCCACUGGGUUAGCUCAUUGGCACAUACUUCUAAGAGCAAGAGCGAUAGAGAAUCAAUGUUACGUGGUCGCGGCGGCUCAGGUGGGCCAUCACAAUCCCAAGCGGCGCUCGUACGGCCACGCACUGUGCGUGGACCCGUGGGGCGAAGUCCUAGCCGACUGCGGGGAAUCCGCCCCCUGCUACAAGGUCGCCGAGAUAACGGAAAGGCUGACGGAAGUGAGGAGAAACAUGCCGGUUAUGCAGCAUCGAAGACCGAGUAUAUACUCAUUAUACACUCUGAGCGUCCGCAACAAGCCGCUGUCGGAGCACUGUGAGCGUCCUGCGCCGGACUGUCCGGCCGAGGUGGUGUCGGACGCCGGACCGACGCACGUGUUCGGACACGUCACCAUACCGGACUCCUGCGUCUUCUACAAGUCGGAGCUGACGUACGCGUUUGUUAAUCUCAGGUGUGUAACACCGGGCCACGUGCUGGUGGCGCCGCGUCGUGCGGCGCGCCGCAACCGCGACCUCACCGACGACGAGGCCGAGGACUUCUACCGCGCCGUGCGGAUUGUGCAGAACCUGAUGGAGCGCGUGCACGGCGCGGAGUCGUGCACGGUAACCAUACAGGACGGCCCCGACGCCGGACAGACCGUGCAGCACCUCCACUGCCACAUAAUGCCGAGGAAGAAGGGAGACUUCAUACAGAACGACCUCAUAUACCUGGAGCUGGCCAAGCACGAUCAGUUCAGCGCGCGACACCCGGCGAAGCCCCCGCGAGAGUUGGCCGACAUGAAGGCCGAGGCGGCCAUGUUGAGAGCGACGCUGCAGAAGAUGCAGGACGAACAGACCAAAAAUCAAAUUUAAUAUAAGGUUUAAUAAUUUUAUUUAGUUAAUACUUCAGGGUGUGUAUGUGUUC